AUGACUGACUUCACCGAGGCAAAUCGCAAGUACUUCGACAAAAUGGCGACCGAAUACAAGGAUACAUUUGCCAAUGCGAUGAAGACCCUGUCCGAGGAGACACUGAACCAUCGGCUUUGGCUGAGUGAUCGAUGGGCAGAUACUGAGACUGGCAAAGACAACGAUGUUAAAAUGCUUGAAUAUGCCUGUGGACCAGGUGUGAUCUCAAUGACGCUUGCUCCAUAUCUGUCAAAGGUCGUCGGCAUCGACGUAUCCGAUAACAUGAUUGAGGAAUUCAACCGCAACGCCAAAAUGAUUGGCAUAGACGAUAAGAUGGUUGGAUAUAAAGCGGAUUUACUAAGCGACUCUGUUCCGGACGAGUUUUCGGGGCCGGAAUAUACAGAGUUCGACAUGGUGGCAGUCAGCAUGGCCUUGCACCACUUUGAAUAUCCACAAAUGGCUCUCCAGCGACUAGGAAGCCGACUGAAGAAGGGUGGUGUGUGUAUGAUAAUCGAUAUCCUAUCUCGCUCUGGACAUGAUCAUGGGCACGGCGGUGGUCAUGAUCACGGUCACAGUCACGGCCACGGUCACGGCCACGGCGAGGGACAGCAUGGUCAUAACUUCGGUGAAGCCGCCCAUACGGUCAAGACCCACGGAUUCUCCCGAGAGGAUAUGCAGAAACUGUUUGAAGGAGCUGGACUGGAUCAUGGAUUCAAGUAUGAGGUAAUUCCCGAGCAACUGGUUUUUAAUAAGGGCGAGAAGACGCACAGCGUGACGGUGUUCAUUGCUCGUGCCCAGCGCUCCUGA